CGGUAGACAUUUCAAUGGGUUAUUCUAAGCCGAGAGGUGACAUACAAAGAUAACUCGUUGAGAAGGGAGUGUGUACAGGGUUUCUCAAGAGGUUGAGUUUAGAGGAACCUGCCAUCUCUUGUUGACAUACAACUUUAAAACUAUGCAGAGUUGCCAAAAGGGGUUAUUCAAAGAUUCCCUACGAUUGUGCGACGCAAUAAAUAUAACAUCUGAAUGGCCUCUGACGUAGUUUGAGUUGAUUAAAAUGUCUAUUUUACAGAACGAGGGCACAAAUAUCGCACCCUUUAUAACAAUUGCAGUUAGACCUGAAUACCAAUUGACAUAUCGAUAACUAUUAACUUUAAAACUAAGUAACCUCUUCUUUUUCUACGAAGCUAUUCCAAAUCACGAAUCUCUAACAAUAUUGGUCCUAUUGUUAAAAAGGAUGCGCAUUUACAAUAUUCGAUUUACCAAAACCGGACGUUAUCUCUGAAAAUACGUAUCUUCAACAACAAUAGCCAAGAAUGGAGAUUUGAUCGUGUUUUUAGGUGUGUGUUUUUUUUGACAAAAGUCAAGACAAUAGAUCGAGGUCAGAUGAUCAGAGCUAUAUCGUCAAUAGAUUAUUUCUGCCUUAGCGCUAGCCUGUUGCAGUAUAGUCCAUCGAUUGUUUCUGUCUGUGGGGUUAGCUCGUUGUGUUGCAUGCGGAGCCGACGUAGCCCACUAGGCGACAUAUAUGGCUGCUGCUACUUGGUGUAAACUUGGUAUUCCAAGUGAGCUACACAACUGUAUAACGAUCAAAUUACAGCAUUGUUAACGGUGAACACCUGGUUUAGGCUGGCGCAUAAUCCAACACGUUGUAGUGAAUCUUCUUGGGACCAAAACCGGCAGGUUUUUCUGGCUAGCCCUUUAAGCUAGUUAGCUGCUAGAUUUUUCUGGUGGCUGGCUAGCUCCAUGUAUUAUAGGUCAUUGUCGUCCUCAGUGGAUCAGAUAACUCUGGUGGUAUUUUAAUGUGUGUAGUAGCCUGUCGAAGACUUGUCCACGUUGAUCUUUAAAGUAUUAAGGAUGGAUCUGAAUUUUUACUCUGAUCUGUCGGGUAGCUGUGGGCAGAAUGUCGACACGGAGUUCUUAGACACUCAGGCAUAUGGGGAAUACUCAGAGAAUAAGUUUCCAGGCAGCAGUGACAAUUACCUGACCAUCACCGGAUCAGGGCACCCUUUUCUGUCUGCAGAGCAGACAUUUCAUACCCCAAGCCUAGGCGAUGAGGUAUUCGAGAUCCCUCCGAUUUCCUUGGACCCGGAUUCAGCCCUCAACGUCGGCGAUGUAGUGUCCCACUUUGGGGAGCUUUCAGAUGGCUCGGACGGUGUGGUUGGACAGGUUGGCUCCAGAAGCCUUGUUAGCAACCUGGUGGUCGGAGCCAACGAUCCGUCGUUCGCCUCCACCUUCGUCAACAGCGGCUCCCAGGGCAUCGAACAUCUGAACCUGGGGGUGAUGAGCCAGAGCGGAGCUGGAGCUCUGCUUAGCUCUUCGGCUCUGACCACUCUUCUACAGGAACUGGGGAAUUCGAACGGAUCCCACUUCAGCAGCUCCUCGCCCAUGACCAUCGACGUGCAGCUCGGGGACAUCGGCCACGGCCUCCUGGGCAGCAGCCAGCUGUCCACCAUCAACCAGUCUGAGCUGGGGCUGGGCCUCAGUGCGGGCAACAUCCUGCUGCAGACCAACUCUCCUGAUCAGCCGCUGUCAGCCACCGCGUCCCCCGCCGGCUCCCUGCAGGACGACGACAUGGACGACUUCCGGAGUGUCCUGGUCGACUCCCCCAUGUCCCUCUCCUCUGCCUCCUCCUCUGGUCCCUCCCAUAUGCCCCCCCGCCCCACCCUGCUGGCCUCGGCCCCCAUCCGGAGAGGGGGGGGCAAGCCGGCCACACUGGCCUCGGUGACGGCCCUGGCGGCGGCUGCUGCGGCCGGCAAGAGGGGCCGGAAGAAGAAGGACCCCAACGAGCCCCAGAAGCCUGUGUCGGCGUACGCGCUCUUCUUCAGGGACACGCAGGCCGCCAUCAAGGGCCAGAACCCCAAUGCCUCGUUCGGAGAGGUGUCCAAGAUCGUGGCCUCCAUGUGGGACAGCCUGGCCGAGGAGCAGAAGCAGGUGUAUAAAAGAAAAACAGAAAUGGCUAAGAAGGAGUAUCUCCAUGCAAUGGCAGCAUACAGAGCCAACCAGAUGUCCCAGCCCUCCAGCGAGGUGAUGGAGACCAGCCCCUCCCCCCCGCCCCCUGCUCCCCCCCCCGCUCCCCCCGUGGUCGCCAUGGUGCCGGCCGCCCGCCUGGCCCCCAGCGGGCCCCUGGAGGAGAACACCAUCACCAACAUCUGCGCCUCCAACAUCAUCCUGGACGUGCCCGAGGUCACCACGCGCUCCCGCACCGGCGCCAACAAGCCCACGCUGCCGCCGCUGGGCAGCGUCACCAUGACGACCUCCUCCUUAGUGCCCCCCGGCGUCACCAAGAUCAUCAUCUCGCGGCAGAUGCUGCCGGCGGGCGGGCAGGUGGUGACGGUGCUGCCCAGCGGCGUGCGCACGCUGCAGCCCGUGGCCACGUACAGCGCCGCCGCCCGCCUGCCGCCGCCGCUGCAGCAGAUGCAGCAGAUGCAGCACGGCCCGCCGCGCCUCCAGCAGAUGGCGCCGGCACCGCCGCCGCUGCAGAUGGCGUCCAAGCCCCGCGAGGCCGGUGUGGCCUCGGCCAUGUCGGCUGCCGGCGCCGCCGUGCCCCCGCCCCCGCUGCAGAUCAAGAUCGUCCCCGCCUCCGUCCAGGGCGGGAAGGGCGGGCCCGUCAUCGUCACCACGGCGGCGGCGGCGGUCCUGUCGGCCAGCGCCCUGUCCACCGCCGUGUCCGGGCCCAGCCUGGCGCUGCAGGUGGUCAACUCGGCCCACCUGGACGGCCACGCGGACGAGGAGGUGGUGGCCGAGGUGUUCUCGUCGGAGGAGACGGACAUGGAGGUGGGGGAUGCCCUGGAGGGCCACAGCAUGUGCGUCCGGGCGGGCUGCACCAACCCUGCGGUGGACAGCACCGACUGGGACCGGGAGUACUGCAGCAAUGAGUGCGUCGCCGACCACUGCAGGGAUAUCUUCAUGGCUUGGUGCUCCAUCCGCAGUCACCACAUGGGCACGGUGAAAUAAAGACGGUGACAGUUGAAACGGGACUAAGACUAAGACACCCCCCUCCCUCCCCCAGACUGAGGACCUUCAGUGAGAACAUCCUAUUUCUGCACACCAGACACUAACAUCAACACCUUCCCCUCCAGUCUUCUGCUGAGCUUGAAAACAAACACACCGAAAACAGGAUUUUCUUUUAUGACUAGUCGUGACUUUAUUUUUAUCGUCCAUAUGUUGCUGAUGUGAGAAAAUAAAAGCGAAUCAUGGUUGCGCCCUGUUGACUCUAGGGAGAAAUUACAGUCAGAUACCUUAUUUGUACUUAGUCAGCUGUGUGUGUGGGUGUGUGUGUGUGUGUGUGUGUGUGUGUGUGCGUGGGGCUCUAUGGUGAGCAUGAUGUAUAUGUAUUUUAAAUGCAGGAAAAACGUUUUUCAGUCAGUUUUCACCCAGUGGGCCGGAAGACCAGCAUUUAAACAAUCCUAUUUUAUCAUUACUGGAUUCUCAAAAUAAUGGAAUUUAGCAACGGGGCACUACAAAGGAUUUAUUUUAUACAACCUUAAUAACCGAGAAGCUUAAAUGUAUUUGUUUUCUGUUACAAACGUAUGAGAAUCCGAAAAGCUACUUUUUUGUAAAUGUGAAAAAAGUCGUAUGGUCGUCUCUUGCCAAAAGGAGACGGUAGUUCAGUGUUAAAGCCGCCGUCCCCAAGCGCCCAGUCUGCUUUAGUGAGGGAACCAUUUGUAGCAGAAGAUGGAUCCUGUAUAAUGUCUCUCCACUCGUUAUACAAAACCACCUCCUGGGGGAAUUGGAGUGUUGUCCGACGGCUCUCGGUUUGAGUCCCUGACUGAAACCUUCUGCAGUGUUUCAAUGUAGUAGAACGGAACUUGAGAAAUGUAGUUUUGCGCCCCAAGAAAACCGUUUGUAUGAUAGAGAAGUUUAAUCUUUUGUAUGAUGGCUGGCGGCCCCCUGAUGGUUCCAUGUCGAGUGCCAGAGGGUGGAUCUGUACAAAUGUUUGUUUUUGACUUUCGUUUUUUCGAAAUAAAUGAGCAAGAAGAAAAA